AUGACAACACGAGGAAUAAGGCGGAAAAAAUCUUCGCUUUCCGAAGUCAAAGUAGCUGUUAUUGGAGCACCGUCUGUUGGAAAAAGUGCCCUUACUGUACGAUUCUUAACAAAGAGAUAUAUUGGAGAAUACGAUCACCAACAAGAAAGUAAAUACAAACACGAAGCCCUGUUGGACGGUGAACCGAUUUUGUUUGAAAUACUCGACACAUGUCCUAAGAGCACUGAUGAGCUACCGGGCAAUGAUAUAGCGCAGUGGGCAGAUGGUCUAUUUCUCGUGUAUUCAAUAACUGACAGGGAAUCAUUUAAUUAUGUACGAAAGGCAAAACAGCGGCUGCAGCCGGACGUACCGCUGACUUUGGUUGGAAAUAAAGCCGAUAUGGUGCAUUUACGACAGGUAAGCCCGGAAGAGGGCGAAAUCCUGGCGAAAGAUUUCGAGUGUAGUUUCGCCGAAGUUGCUGCCGCAGAACAAGUGAAUCAAGUUGGUGAAGUUUUCCACGAACUGUGUCGCGAAGUACUCACGCAUCGUCGGAGAGCGAAGCAUAGCCUGCUGGAUCGGAUGUUGGGCUCGAAAACUGCAUACAGAGUAUACUCUCGAGGGAAAAGCGACAGUGCCUUGCCAAAAGACUAG